UUUUUAUAAGUUGUUUACCUAAGUGGUCGAUAUAAAAAAUACAAAUACAAUAACGGAAUUCAUACUGAGACUACUUAUAGUAAAAGGCGUAGUUAUACCUACCUACAUAUACUAAGCCUUUGGGUCUCAUUACAGCAUACUACACACUUGAUACCGCAAACAAAACACAGCAAUAGACACCGAGAUCCAGAGAAAUCUCGGAAUAUAAAAGGUGCCCUCCUUUUCCCACAUAGUUACCCACAUUAUAAGCAGCCAGCCCAGUCACGCACGCAGCAGCCCAGCCCAGCCCACCAAGAUGCCGGAACGCAAGACAUACGUAGUGGAGCACCUGGACGCGGAGCUGGGGCCGUGGUCGGAGCUGGAGUACGCGGCGAUCGCGGAGGAGACGCAGCGGGCGCAGAGCACUUUUAUGCUGUCGUCGCUGCCGCGCGGGUUCAAGGUCCCGUAUAAGUUGACCGGGUUCCCGUCGUUCAUCGCCGAGGGCCGGAGUAUCGAGGAUAUUUACACGGACGAGGAGGAGAGGGAGAGGGUGUGUCUGCUCGAUCCGCAGGCGGAUAAGGAUUUGAGUCCUGAUGAUAAGAGGGAUUUCGAUGUGUUUUUGUUUGGGGGCAUUCUAGGUGAUGAUCCGCCGAGAGAUCGCACGUCCGAACUACGCAAGAAGGGAUACCAGGGCCGCCGGCUAGGUCCCGUGCAGAUGACGACGGAUACGGCGGUGAGGGUGACGCGGAUGGUGAUCGAGGAGCAGUUCACAUUGAACAAGAUACCCUACCUGGACUACCCCGAGCUCAAGUUCAACGAGCAUGAGAGCACGGAGAUGCCGUUCCGAUACGUGAAAGGCAAAGACGGAAAGCCGAUUAUGCCUCAGGGGAUGAUAGAUCUUAUCAAGAAAGAUGCCGACAAGAGUAUCGACGAUCUAUUCUAGAAUCCAUUCCAGAAUGAAUUCUAGACUAUAAACCGCAACAAGUACUGGGGAUGGAAUUGGGCAACGAGUACUUAGAAUAGCUUAGGUUACCCAACCUGAUCAACAAAUUAACCUACUUGACUAGACGCCAUGGCUGUUUGACGGGAUUUGAGGACCAUCGAGUAGUCUGUGGCUACUGUAUGAUGAGUUGAAAAA